ACCUCUCACGAGCGGGAUCUUGUAACGGUCCGGGCACGCGCUCAACCCGCUCGCGGAUGCUGUGCGGGAUUACAGCUCAGCGGGGAGCAGCUCCCGCUUUGUCUCUCUGCUCUGUUUACCCAAAGAAUCAUCAGUUCAGUGUCUCGGCUUCACUCGGAGCCUCCGCCCGGGUCGCUCCGCGGGUUUUUCCUCCCCUCCAGCGCCGGACAGCGGAGCGGCGAAGGCCCGCCGGCUGGAUCUGCAACAGGUCGGUCAGGAGGUGAAAUCUAAGGGGGAAAAACCUCCGAAGGCUCUGAGGUGGACCGCUGAAGGAGGAGGUGUUGAUGACUUUAGCUGCAGUCUGGAUGCGACAGAGCGGAGGCAACAUGAUGCCGCUCCCUGCUCCAUCGUCUCUGUGUGCAGAUGUUCCUCACUGUGUUCCUGAGCAACAGCGACCAACACUACAGCGAGGUUCCCGUCAUGCCGGAGACCCUGUGCAGAGACGUGGUGGAGCUGUGUAAGGAGCCUGGUGAGGCUGACUGCUACCUGGCUGAGACGUGGAGAGGCUCUGAGCGUAUUGUUGGAGAAGGCGAGCGGAUGCUGGAGGUGCUGCAGCGAUGGGGGCAGCAGAGAGCCGAGGUGCGGUAUGUCCUGCGCCACCAGAGAGCUCCAGGACGAGAGUCGGAUGGAUCCAGAGGUUCUGAUCUAAUGAAGAAGAAGAAACCUUCUGGGGACAGAAGUCUGGAGAAUGGGCUGUCGGCUCCCCGUCUGGACGCCACCCUAACGGAGCUGCAGGACCUGGCCUAUCGGCAGCAGCAGCAGAUUGACGCCCAGCAGCAGCUCCUGGUCUCAAAGGAGGAGCAGCUUCGACACCUGAAGCUGCAGGAUCAGCGUCUGCAGCAUCAGGAAGUUUCUGAGCAGGAACGACUGCAGCAGCUCCGAGAGAACGCUCGCAACCAGGAGGCCAAACUGCGGCGGGUGCGGGCCCUCAGGGGCCAGGUGGAGCAGAAACGCCUCAGCAACAGCAAACUAGUGGAGGAGAUCGAGCAGAUGACCGGUCUGUUCCACCAGAAGCAGAGGGAGCUGCUGAUGGCGGCAGCCAGGGUGGAAGAGCUGAGCGACCAGCUGGAGGCGCUGAGGAGCUACAGGCCCGAUCCUCAUCUUCCUCCUCACCAUCCCAACCCCUCCUCAGCGGCUGAGCUGGAGCGCCUCUAUAGAGAGCUCCAGCUGAGGAACAAGCUGAACCAGGACCAGAGCGUCCGGCUGCAGCAGCAGAGAGAGAGCCUGAACAAGAGGAACCUGGAGGUGGCCACCAUGGACCGCCGGCUGGCCGAGCUGCGGCAGCGACUGUGGAAGAAGAAGGCCGCCCUGCAGCAGAAAGAGAACCAGCCGGUGGCUCCAGAGGGCGUGGCCUCCCAGCUCGGUGCAAACUCCAGAGUGGCGGCGGUGGGGCCGUACAUCCAAUCAUCCUCGACAUCGAGCUCCCAGGGGCCCCCGGUACCCCCCCGACAGGAGGCUCUGGUGAAGCCGGCGUACCCAGACGGCACCGCCACCUUACCCAUGCCAGACUCGUCCACGAAGCCCCCCCCCAGACCGGCUAAACCGGCGUCUGGAUUCAGCACCAUGAAAGUCAAUAAAGUGUCUGACUGGAGCAGCUCGUAUUCUGAAUCCGGCGGGGGCCACGGCCACGCCUCCACCCUACCCCGAGCGUUCGGCCGCAGCUCAGGUGGGGAGACUCUGAAGGAGCAGGAGGGACCAGCAGAACCUGACAACCCCCCCACGGUCCCGUCAAGAUCCAGUCACACCAAGGAAAACCUGCCCUGUCAGACUUCAGCUAAAGGUCCGUCCAAGAUGGCAGGACCUCCUCCAGUUCCCACUAAACCUAAACCAUCCUUCUCAAGCGGACCGCCGACCUUCUCCAAGCCCACCUACAGCACCGGGACCUUCCCCGGAAAGGUCAGGCCAGUCGGAGGCCACCUGAAGGCUCCGGGACUCGUCUCCAGCCACAGCCACACCCUCCCGCUGCCCAAUAAGCAGGAGAACCCGCCGGCUGCAGCCGUUCGACCCUACACGCCCGAGCUGUCGGACGCUCCACCACCGGUGCUGCAGAAGCCUCAGACUCUGGCAGCUUCUUCCAUCUUCUCCAUGUACACCCAACAGGCGACUCCCGGGAAGCCCUACCAGACCAGCCAUUAUGGAACGCUGCCACGCAGCCGACCUCGAGUCUAUGGACCGAAGCCAGUCCUCCAGCCCAGCGGGGGGCAGAUGCCUCUCGACUCGAACAAAGCACCCCCGAACUCUGGAUCUGACAGAAGUGAUGCAAACAAAAAUGGCUCAAGUGUUUGUGAAGGUGUUGGAGGAGAAACCACGGACAACGCUACGCCCCGCCCACUCAGCCCCACCAAGCUCCUCCCCUUCCAGUCAAACUCACACAGAAACCCCAGCGACACCGACCUGGAGGGCCUCCGCCGCCGGCUGCACAACGCCCCCCGGCCCCUCAAGAAGCGCAACUCCAUCACAGAACCCGAAGGUCCCGGCGGACCCAACAUCCUGAAGCUUCUCUACCAAAAGACCACGCUGGCUGCCAUGGAAACUAUCCCCAUGGAGACGGUCAGCUCAUCGGGAUCGUUCGGCGAGUCGUCCGGUCCUGAGGGCAGGAUGUGUGGAGACACGCCCCCCAAACCUGACAGCAGCAGUGAAACGGGCACAAACCAAAAACCCGCCCAGAACUCCAAGAAGAACGUGACUCCGCCCCCUCUGCCUCCACGCUCCCCCAUCAUUGAUCCCGUCGCCCUACAUUCCCUGCCCCCCCCGCUGGAGGACAAGGAGGAGGAGGAGCGUUCCUGCACCUCAGCACAUCAAGUCCCGGAUGAGUUCCCGCCGUACCCGCCGCCGCCGUACCCCAGCUGUGUGGAGGCGGAGCAAGGCGAAGACAACCUGAACUUUCAGCCUCCAGAGGUCACGGGGCAGGUCACUCUGCCGCCGGGUAAAAAGCCGAUCCUCCGGAAGGCCGGAUCGGACCGGAUUGACCACAGUGUGCGGGUCAAGUUCAACGCCCUGGCCCUGCUGCUGGACGCAUCUCUGGAGGGGGAGUACGACCUCGUCCAGAGGGUCAUCUACGACGUGGAGGACCCGAGUAUGCCGAACGACGAGGGCAUCACGGCGCUGCACAACGCCGUCUGCGCCGGCCACACGGAGAUCGUGAAGUUCUUGGUUCAGUUUGGCGUGAACGUCAACGCUGCCGACAGCGACGGCUGGACUCCCCUCCACUGCGCCGCCUCCUGCAACAACGUCCAGGUCUGCAAGUUCCUGGUGGAGUCGGGCGCCGCCGUGUUCGCCACCACGUACAGCGACAUGCAGACCGCUGCUGACAAGUGUGAGGAGAUGGAGGAGGGAUACGCUCAGUGCUCCCAGUUCCUCUACGGCGUUCAGGAGAAGAUGGGCGUGAUGAACCGGGGUGUGGUGUACGCCCUGUGGAACUACGACUCCCAGAAUGAAGACGAGCUGGCCUUCAGCGAGGGAGACUGCAUGACGGUGCUGAGGCGGGACGACGAGGUGGAGACGGAGUGGUGGUGGGCGCGGUGCGGCGACUACGAGGGCUACAUCCCCCGCAAUCUACUGGGGCUCUAUCUGAGGAUCAAACCGCGGCAGAGGAGCCUGGCGUAGCCUUCAGCCGACCUGCAGCCACUGAGCCCACAGGCAGAAAAACAACCCACAAAUUUGUUUUUGUUUCUAUGAUUUACUACGAUAAGGAGGAUUUCUUCAGAUUCUUGGACAUGUGAGGCUUCAAAGACAAUCUGCUUUAGAUUUCCUCCUGUAAAUUCUCUUUAAAUUCAGAUCAUUUUAGCUUUUUGUGUCUCAUUGUGUUCGUCUGUCUGGUUUUCAACAAAUUUGGCACCAAGAUUGUAACUUUAUUUUUGAAAGAUGAGCAAAAAAACUCACAAAAGUUGGUGUUCAGAAUAAGCCAUGCUGAUAUCUGAAGUUCAGAGCUGGCACGAUUCUGCAGAACGAAACCAAACAGAAGUUCAGACACUGAAGUUUCUACAAACCCUGGAAGGAUGAGCUGCAGGAUUUAAGGAUAAAAACAUUUAUUCUGACCUAGAAUGUAAGUUAUUGAAGUUCAUUUGUUUUGUUUUCUGCAUUAACACUUACUGUGCCAACACACUAACAAGCAGCUGAGCUGAAUUUCAUUUUUUUUAAUCAUUUUCAAGGAUCUUGAUUUCUCUUUCUGGUUUUAAGAUUUUUUUUUCAGCUGCAUUUCUAAUCUUCGUUCAGCUGUUUUUGGUUCAUUGUUUGUUAAUUCACUCAAUCAUUUUUAUUUUGCUGAACUGAUAAGUUAUUAAAGAAUAAAUGUCACAAAGCUGA